GAAAAUAUUUGGCAGCCAGACAGACCAAUUCCGCCAGUCAAAGGUGUUGAUGGUUGGUGCCGGAGGUAUUGGGUGCGAGCUACUCAAGGACCUUCUUCUGAUGAACUACGGCGAGAUACAUAUAUUGGAUCUUGACACAAUAGACCUGUCCAACCUCAACAGACAAUUUCUAUUCCGCCAAAAAGACAUCAAGAAGUCCAAGGCCAUGACUGCACAGCAGGCUGUUAGUCAUUUCAACCACUCCAGCAAAUUGGUUGCGCAUCACGGAAAUAUCAUGGACACAAAUAUGUUCCCGUUGAGCUUUUUCACCCAGUUCGACAUCAUCUUCAAUGCGCUAGACAAUUUGGAAGCAAGAUUCUAUGUCAACAAAAUUGCACUCUUCACAAAAAUCCCCCUUAUCGAGAGCGGGACGUCGGGAUUGAAAGGUCAAGUUCAACCCAUCUACCCUUACGAAACAGAGUGUUUUGCGUGUAUUCCUAAAGAACAGCCUAAAACAUUUCCCGUGUGUACCAUUCGUUCGACGCCCUCCAAACCGAUUCAUUGCAUCACUUGGGCAAAAAAUUUCCUGUUCCCACAACUCUUUGGAGACGAUGUUUCCGACCAGGAAAAGCUAAAGCCACAAGACAUUGAGAGCGAUAACAAGGCUGAAAUAGAGGCGCUAUUAAAAGAAUCAAACGAGUUACUGGAUCUUAAAGUUCUAGUCAACCAGGCUGUCCCGGGAGAUAAGAGCUUUGUGUCUAAAAUUGUCGAAAAGAUCUUCAAAGAGGACAUUGAGAGACUCUUACGGAUUGAAACUCUGUGGAAAACAAGAGAGAAGCCAGAACCUUUGAAAUGCGAACCAUCCGAGAUUGAGCGUCUGGAUGGACAAGAGCUAUGGACAGUGGAGGAGAAUCUUGCUCUUUUUAUCGACUCCACAUGCAAAAUUUCCCAGAGACUCAAGCAGGGUCCUGUUGACUUUGACAAAGACGACGAAGACACUUUGGACUUUGUGGUUUCCGCGGCCAAUCUGCGGUCAUAUAUCUUCCACAUCCCAAUGAAAACAAAGUUUGAGAUCAAACAAAUAGCAGGAAACAUCAUUCCUGCGGUGGCCACCACUAAUGCCAUCAUGGCUGGAUUCAGCGCGCUUUCUUCAUUCCAUGUUUUUCACGCAACGAUGAAAGAAAAGGUGUCCAAGUCGAGAAUGGUUUAUGACUCGAAUCAGCCCACCAGGUUUGUGAACACCUCUGGGCUGGCUCCUAAAAACCCCAAAUGUCCAGCAUGUUCUGUCACUAGAGGAAUAAUCACAAUAGACCUUUCAAGGUUCACAAUUGAUGAACUGCGCAAAGCGAUCAUUGACAAAUAUGGAUAUUCAGAUGACAUUGGGAUCGCAGAAGGAGCGAGACUUCUUUAUGAUUACGACUUUGACGAUAAUUUGGAAACAAAGCUGGACAAGGUGUGCUCUUACGGCAAUGUGUUAUUUAUCAGUGAUGCUGCUGAGGAGCUAGAUUCCUUGGAACUAUUAGUGGACAGAGGAAAUGAUUUGGAGCUGCCAGAACUAGAGGUUCCUGCGAAAAUGGUUCCAGAAGAAAAUAAGGAGGACGAAGGUGAGGAAGACGAUCUGAUCAUGGAGGGGGACGAUCUCACUACGGAGAGUGACAUAAAUGGCCUGCACGGUCCUAAACGUAAGGCUGAGGAUGGCGCAGGCCCAGUGAAGAAGAGAAGACAAGUGGCGGACGAUGUUGAAGUCAUAGAACUGUAAUUUACAUUAGUGACUAGUUAAACUCCUUGCUUAUUUUCUGGACUUGGAAGUAGACCUUGAUCGUAAUCUUUUGAACCAAGAGAGCUUCUCUCCAUUAGCGCCGUUUGGAUCCUCCUCAGACCUGGUUUCGCGUUCGUCAUCUGUUGGGCCUUGGACGGAGCUCAGGUUAUCGUCGAUCGACGAUGGUAUGAUUUUCGGAGAGCCAGGAUGAUUUGGUAGUUUGAUCAUUGUUCCCAUUUGGCUUGUCGAGGAAGAGACCGAAGUGGACUCGUACGCACCAAUAUUGAGCACUGGAGGUUUGAGCUCCGUUUUAGGAACGGAAGCUUCAGCUUUCAGUGGACUCUCUGCUUUGACUUCAGAGGGUGACGUUCUCGAGUUUGAUGAGAACGAUGAACGCAUUUUUUGAGACCCAAUCGACGAAACAGAAAGCCUUUGAGCAAGCGGGCGUGUCUCAUCGUCCGUAUCCACCGCCGAGUCAACUGCUGAGUCAACUUCGUCUGUAGUAUUUGUUUGGGUGUGCUCCAAUUUGGACUUACUGUUGUUCACGCGAAGCAUGUCGGACGGAGAUUGGACAGAGGAUAAACUCUUGCUAUGCUUUCUAGUGAACUUUGUGGUUGGCGGAGGCAGCAAUGCUGUUGGAGCGGGGAGUUUGGAACUUGACUGCUCAAUUGUUGUGGGUGAGGCAGGAGAAACAUGUGUAGAGUCUUUUCUGGAAACUUUUUGAGCAGCUGGCAAAAUUUUGUACGAGUAUUCAAUCAUGAAUUCAACAACCAGCGACGAGAGAGCGUAUUCUUCGGGCGACAUAUCGUGGUCUGAGUGAGACAAAACCGAGGGCUGAAAAAUGGCAGCUAGAUUUUUGGCAGGCAUGAGGUUUUUGUCGCAAUGUGCAUUAAAAAUGGCAAGAAGGUCCAAGAUGUAGAAGAGCAGCUGUCGUUGCAGCUCAGGCAACUGUUCUAUUAAUCUCGCGUAGUCUUUCAGCGCUUCUUUGCGCUCUUUCUUUAUCUUUUCCUUUUUAUUCCUUUUGCGAAGCUUUAUCUCCUCGUCGCUGAGCUGCUCCUGUUCUUGAAUUUGCUCUUCUUUGCACGAAGACAGGCCACCGAGAUCGCUCAUCUUUUUCUCUUUCUCUUUCAGGAAGCGGACGAUAUUGGGACGUGAUCGAAGGGGCUCCCUAAAUUUGUCGUACAUGGAGAGCGGUAUAAGUGGCUCUGGGAGCGAGCCAAGGAAUCUCCUAAACAAUGACGCAGCGUCAUGCACUGUAUACCCAUCCCAAUCAAUUUUAGAUCCGUAAGUAGGUGGGGACGAGAAUAUCAACUGCAGCUGCUUGAUUCUCUUGGUCGAGCCUGCGACUCUGAAUAUCCCUUCAACCUCAAGUCCGUUCUUCUUCAAGAACGACCCACAUAGUGCCACCACCCUAGGAAUUCGGCCGUAGCGUAUCAGUCCGUCGCGGUCACUGCUGAUGUAUAUUUUUGCCUCAGCAACCUUGAUUGAUUCCUCGAUAGGGCAACCAAAUAUCGAUGAGUCGCCAAUGUAGUCCAUUUGUCGCUGUUGAAUAAAAGAAUCUCGGUGUUGUUUUAGUUUCUCUUGCGAUCCGUUGUCCUGAAAUGGUGACAGCGGUCUCACGUUGUGGGACGAGCGCGACUUGUAACCUAAGAAGGGUCUUGUCGGUGAAGCCAAGGGUGAGAGCAAAGAUGGCGAAUUCGCGCGGUAUUGCGGGGUGGGAGAUGAAAGAGACUUGGAUUCUGCAGAAAACCCUGACGUGGAGUUGAGACCUUGACCGUUCAUCGGUAGAGGAGGAGGCGAGCCUAGCUCUGAUUCUCCCUUUUUGAUGUGUUUCCACCAACCGGUCAGCGAGUUCUUGCUUGGAGACGAAGGUUCUGACAUGAGUUAUCUGUUGUGAUCAAAACAGUGUACUGUGAAUGUAUCCUUGAAGCUUUUGUCAGUAUAGUAUUGUGCUAAUUUUGUAAGUACAUCCAAUUUCACCACAAUGUUCAGUCCAAGUAGAAGGUUAUGCUUUCAGCGGGCAUAUAUUUCGUACUACACGG